UGUUUAAUCACUAGCCUCCCAUGGGUGGAGAGAGCUUAUGACGUGGAUGUCUGUUGAGGUAACUUGCUCUAAAAAAGAAAGCUGUUUUGUUUUCAAAUUAGUCAUUCACGAAACUGUAGUCAUGCCAACACACCGUGAAAGAAAACCUACCAAAAACUGAAGCGUCUCUCGCUGGGACGUGCGCGGUUGUUGUGAAAGCCUUUCGAAUCAGCAGAGCUACUUAGAAAGCUGCAGCAACUGAAAAGUAGCAUCGUGUGCCCGCCUCUGUGUGUGUGUAUGUGUUUUCCCAGGCACAGGUCGGCUUUCGUGCCAGGCUGCACAUUAACUUCAGCAGACAAACAACUUCCACUGAUCUCAGCUUUUUUCCUUCAGGGCUGAAAUUUUCUCUUCAGAGGUACAGUACAAAGGCCAAAUCCAGUGACCUAAUUCACUAGAAGGAUGGAAUCUUCCAGUAAAACCCACCAUCACCCGGUGAUUACAGCAGGUUUGUCUGUGGGUGAGGAACUGGCUCUGGACCCGCUGGUGACAUGCAAGCUCUGCCUUUGUGAAUACCCUCUUGAUGGAAUGACCACUCUGGAGCAAUGCAACUGUUUCUUCUGCACCAUGUGCUUAAUGCGCUACGUAGAACUAAUGAUCAGAGAAGGUUGUGGAUCUCCUAUCACAUGCCCAGAGCUUGGAUGUCCUAAAAAUGGAGUCUUGCAGGAUGCAGAGAAUGCAAACUGGGAGAGUGGCGAGGUACAUAUGACAAAGUCUGAUGGCUGCUGGGGGAUAAGCAAACAGAUUGCAUGUUUGGUUCCAGCUGAUGUGCUUCAGCUGUACCAGCAACUGAAAUUUGAACGAGAAGUCCAUCUGGAUCCCUCCAGGACUUGGUGCCCCAGGGUCCAGUGUCAGGCUGUUUGCCAGAUCAAUGUAGCUGAUUCACACCAGGCUGUGUCAGUACAAUGUCCCUCCUGUCAGACACAGUUUUGCUCCAUUUGCAAGGCCAGUUGGCAUCCAGGGCAGGCGUGUCAAGAAACCCAGCCCUUUAUGCCCUCAAAAGCAAAUGAUACGAGUGUUUCCACCAGCUUUGACCCCGAUGCUCCCAUCAAACAGUGUCCAGUGUGCCAUAUCUUCAUAGAACGAAAUGAAGGUUGUGCCCAAAUGAUGUGUAAAAACUGCAAGCACACCUUUUGCUGGUAUUGUCUUCAUAAUCUGGAUAAUGACAUUUUCUUGAGACAUUAUGACAAAGGCCCAUGUCGCAAUAAACUUGGCCACUCUAGAGCUUCAGUUAUUUGGAACAGAACCCAGGUUGUCGGGAUCCUCUUUGGAUUAGGCCUUAUUGUGCUAGUCACAUCUCCGCUUCUCCUCCUGGCCUCCCCCUGCAUCAUUUGCUGUGCCUGUAAGUCCUGUAGGAGUAAGAGGAAACACCAUGGCCCAUCAUCUACAUAAACUGAGGAGAUCCCUGAACUAAUGUUUUUCUGGUGCCAAGACUUUUUCACUCCACCUUUGUCAUCUUCAUACUGAAGUGCCUACUGGAUCAUUGCUGUGAAAACAUAUAUAAUAUAGACUGUGGGGGGAAGGGAAGUUGGUGGUAACUUCGACUUAUGUAUUAUUGUGGUGACUGAAAGAAACAGGUCACACUAAAGUGCAAUCGGUGAAUAUGACAUUGCUCAAGUGUCUUUACAAUGCAAGCUGCUGCAGCCUAAGUUUCUCGAUAAGGAUGAUUGUAUGGUUUCAGCUAAUUAUUCUACCCAACCUACACAUUUCUCCCUUUGCCUGCUUUCUCCUAACAGACUCAUUUUGCUUUAGCUUAUUUGUUAUUAUAUGUUUCAACCACCGUGGUACAGGAUAAGAUUCUCAAUUACACUAUUUUCCAUCACUUGGUCAAGGCAGUGUUUGACAACCAUAAAAAUGCUUCACCUAGUAACAUUCAUGAAGAAAAUCAUUGGAAUUCGCAAGAAAGGCACGAUAUAAGACUUAAACUCAAACUCAGAGCUAUCUAAACCCUUUCAAUGAGAAACUGCAUUGCUAUACCACUGGAUCAUUAUUCUGAUAUUUGGACUGUGGUGGUUGUAUUGUUUCAUUUGUAAUUUAUUUGUUAUUUCAAGUUGCAACUUACGUGCAGAGGCACCAAAUGUGUAAUUGGUGACAAAUCUUAUGAAACUUAUUUCCCCAUCGUAAAGGCUGCAAAAAUUGAAUCUCAAGAAACUGAUCAUGACAUCAUCCUUCCUUUUAGAGCUUUAGGGAGUUGAAGUAGUAGCCAGACAAUUCCUUUCAAAGGACUGAAUUUUUUCCAGUCUGUUGGAAGCAGGUCAAGUCAGAACCAGGAGUGGAGUUACAAAACAAUGCAUCAGGUUGGCUCUCCAAAGACUGGGUCAAUGUAGCAUAGGUAUGGGUCCAGGACCAAUGGGUAACAAUUAGGUCAAUGACUGAGCCAAUUAGGGAAAUUCUGAUGGUGAUAUUGCUAUCUACCCUGUGGUGGAUGGGCUUCUCAUGUGAAGCCAGAGCUUGACUGACAACUAGAGAUGGCCUCUCAGUAGCAGGCUGGUGUAACCAUGGGUGUUUUCCACUUUGAUCACCUCAACACAGACUCACUGGGAUACCUCAUGCCAUCUAUGGAGAAACUCCCUUUCUAUAAUGGUGGCCUAACAGCUGUGGUUGUGCAUGAUUUUUAAUUAUUUUCAGUGCUAUACAGAGCCUGUCCAUAUUGAGAUGCCCCGCAUUCUCUAAUGACUUCAGCCUGUCUCUCCCCAUGGAACUGCUGGCUGGACACUACUGCUGGCUCCUCUGUUUGUACUCUGACUCCCAUUGUCUGCCUGCCAUCCUUAGUUGGACAGGGCAUCUUGGUUGCCCAUGGAAGAUGGCAGCCAACAUCUUGACACCACUAUCUCCAGGUUCUGGAACAGAUUUGAAAAUGACAUCAGCAUCAUGACCCAACCAGAAAAAAAACAGUCCCAAGUGCUUGGAUACCUGAUGUAAUGUCUCAUUUGGUUCAGUGUCUCAUUCUUGCCUGAUUAUGCUCCUAUCAAGUGCUAUUGACAUUUUUUGCUAUUUAAAAAACACUAUAUAAAUAAAAAAUUUUGCUGUUAUUGCAUCUGA